CUUCUCCGGUUCAUCCAAGUGCGAUUGUCGGUUCAGAUUUCCGCCACUAAGCAUUAAAAAUGAAGUGUCACCCUUUGGGAGUUGUAUCAAGUGACUAAUCUGCGCAUUCAGUGAACACAAUGACAAUUUUAAUGCGUUUUUUGAUCAAAUUAGAAUUGUGAGGUCCCACAGACGAUUGUCCUAAAAUUGCUUCGACCCACAGCCUAUAAAAAAAGUAUUGCGAUUAUUAAAAAACUAUCAGUCAGAGACUUAGUUUCGACCAUGUUGGAUCAAUUUCUUCACUGAUCAUGGGAGCGCUCAAACAAACCGAGGAGGAAAAAACUCUACUACCACAAGACAUCGGAACCGAUUACACAUUCAAGCGGAAAAUCGUCUGGUUCAAUGCUAUUGGGUUCUUCAUCUUGCACCUCUUGGCCCUUUAUGGCGGCUACCGGCUGCUGCAUUGCCACAUCCUGACGCCGCUUUUCGCCCUAGCACUGAUGUUCGUCUCUGGCGAAGGCAUCACCCUCGGGGCCCACCGCCUGUACUCCCACAAGGCCUUCAAAGCGUCUUUCGUCGUGCGAUUAGCUGUGAUAAUUUUGCACACCAUCGCCGGUCAGAAUUGUCUCUACAUCUGGGUUCGCGACCACCGCCAGCAUCACAAAUACAGCGACACCGACGCCGACCCCCACAACUCCAACAGGGGCUUCUUCUUCUCGCACAUCGGCUGGCUGAUGAGCAGGAAGCACCCCGCUGUCAUCGCCAAGGGCAAGACCAUCGACAUGAGCGACCUGGAGAACGACUCGCUCGUGAUGUUGCAGAAAGAACAUUACAAGUUUCUGUACAUCAUUUUCGCCAUCGGGAUCCCGAUCGCAAUCCCGAUUUACGGCUGGAACGAGUCUUUCACCAACUCGCUCUUUAUCAGCUAUUUUGGAAGAUACAUUCUUCAGUUACACGCCACUUGGCUGAUCAACAGCGCUACGCACUUGUACGGGACCAAGCCCUACGACAAGUUCAUGAAUCCGGUGGAGAAUUAUUUUAUUUCGAUGAUUGCUCUUGGCGAAGGCUGGCAUAACUACCACCACGCCUUUCCUUCGGAUUAUCGGGCGGCGGAGUAUGGCGUUAGAUACUCGAUAACGACUUUUCUGAUAGACGCUCUUGCCUUUUUUGGCCUGGUUUAUGACUUGAAAGAGGCCAACUCGGAGCAAGUCAAAAUCCGGGCGGUCAAAAAGGGGGAUGGCAGCCACCCAGUUUUCGGGAAACAGAAGGAGAUGGAAGUUAACUUUAGCGAUAGGCAGGUUACGGCAAAUGGUUAAGCAGUAGCUAGUCGUGUAGUUUGUACCAAAUGUUAAGACUAUUUAGUGUAUUUGUAUUGUUAAAACCAAAGCUAAGCCCAAAUAAAUCGGAUUUGAGGUUCGCGUUUUCCUUAAAUUAUUCCCCCAAUAUUAAGCAAGACUCGAUCGGUUUUAGAAUCUUCAAAGCGUGGGUAAGUGGCUGUUAGAAAAUUACAUUAUCGUGAUCACAUGCAUCGUUUCCCGUUUCUGCUGAGGCGUGAAUCGGAAAAUAUAAAUUACUUAAAAUAAACGGCCACGAAAAUAAUUGCUUUUCCACACUAGAAAAAUACAGAAAAUUCGCCCAAGGUUUCAAAUUCUUGCAUAAUUGGGAACAUUCCGAUUGAUAAAAUUUCAAAUGAGGCGAUCAGUUGUGCCCGACAUGAUCAUCACUGCCUGUCUGUUACUGCUUGUAAAAAUAGUACCGAUUUUUUCGAAACUAAAUGGCGAGGGCAAAGUUUGUGGUCGAGCGAUUGGUACAAACCUACCAGAGGAAAAAAUAGUGGCCGGGUACGACGUGGGGUACUACAAGUACCCCUGGUACGCUGCUUUGAUUAUCUCAAAUGUGGUCGCUUGCGGGGGCACUUUGGUGGGUUCAAGAAUGAUAAUCUCGGCCGCUCAUUGUUACAAAGAGUAUAUAACAGGGCACGACGCUAA